ACCAUGAAACAAAAGUGGUUGCUGUGUGCAGCAUUGCUGUUAGUUGGAAAUAUUCUUGUCCUGGCACAUGAAGCUGAUCAUGAUGAUAGUGAUGAUGAUGUAAUAGAUAUUGAAGAUGACCUUGAAGAUGGUGUUGAAGAGGUAGAAGAGCUGAAACAUGAAGUCAAUACUCCACCUCCACUCCCAAAGGUUACCUAUACAGCCCCAGUCCCAACAGGUGAAGUUUAUUUUGCUGAGAACUUCGAUAAAGGAACUUUAGAAGGGUGGGUUCUUUCCAAGGCUAAGAAAGAUGAUACAGAUGAUGAGAUUGCCAAAUAUGAUGGGAAAUGGGAAGUGCAAGAAAUGAAGGAUACUAAACUUCCAGGAGACAAAGGACUUGUGCUGGUUUCCCGAGCUAAGCACCAUGCAAUUUCUGCUAGACUUAACAAACCUUUUAUCUUUGAUACCAAGCCUCUCAUUGUACAGUAUGAGGUCAAUUUCCAAAAUGGAAUUGAGUGUGGUGGUGCAUAUGUGAAGCUGAUGAGCAAAGGUCAUGAACAGCACUUGGAUCAAUUCCAUGACAAAACCCCCUAUACAAUCAUGUUUGGCCCAGACAAAUGUGGGGAGGAUUACAAACUGCACUUCAUCUUCCGGCAUAAGAGCCCCAAGACUGGGAAAUAUGAGGAGAAGCAUGCAAAGCGUCCUGAUGCUGAUUUGAAGAAUUAUUUUACUGAUAAGAAGACCCAUCUUUAUACAUUGGUUUUGAAUCCAGACAACAGCUUUGAAAUUCUGGUUGAUCAAGUGGUUGUAAACAGUGGGAACCUGCUGUCUGAUAUGACCCCUUCUGUGAAUCCUCCACGUGAGAUAGAAGACCCAAAUGACCAGAAGCCAGAGGAUUGGGAUGAGAGAGCAAAGAUUCCAGAUCCAGAUGCUGUGAAGCCUGAUGACUGGGAUGAGGAUGCUCCUGCUAAGAUCCCAGAUGAGGAUGCUGUGAAACCAGAAGGUUGGUUAGAUGAUGAACCAGAGUAUGUUCCUGACCCUGAUGCAGAGAAACCAGAAGACUGGGAUGAAGAUAUGGAUGGAGAGUGGGAGGCACCGCAGAUUGCAAAUUCAAAAUGUGAAUCAGCCCCUGGCUGUGGUGCCUGGCAAAGACCAACAAUUGACAAUCCAAACUAUAAAGGCAAAUGGAAACCUCCCAUGAUUGAUAAUCCUAACUAUCAGGGCAUCUGGAAGCCAAGGAAGAUUCCAAAUCCAGACUUCUUUGAAGAUCUUGAACCUUUCAAAAUGACGCCCUUUAGUGCUCUGGGACUUGAGUUAUGGUCUAUGACCUCUGACAUAUUCUUUGAUAACUUCAUUAUCUGUACAGACCGAGCAGUGGCUGAUGACUGGGGUAAUGAUGGAUGGGGUCUGAAGAAGGCAGCUGAUGGUGCUGCUGAGCCUGGUGUUGUGGGUCAGAUGAUGGCAGCUGCUGAAGAGCGUCCCUGGCUUUGGGUAGUCUACAUCUUGACAGUGGCUCUGCCUGUGUUUCUUGUCAUCCUGUUCUGCUGCUCUGGAAAGAAGCAACCAAGUGCUGCAGACUACAAGAAGACAGAUGCACCCCAGCCAGAUGUUAAUGAGGAAGAAAAAGUAGAGGAAAAAGACAAGAUAGAAGGAGAGGAUGAUGAAGAAGAAGCCAAUGAAGAAAAGCCAGAAGAGAAGCAGAGGGGUGAUGGUGAUACAGAAACAGCUAGUCAAGAGGAAGAAGAGGAGGAGGAGGAAGAAGAAGAGGAGGAGGAGGAGGAGGGAGUUAGUAAACCCAUUACAGAGGAGGAAGAAACUGUGAAUAGAUCCCCCAGAAACAGAAAACCAAGAAGAGAUUGAAAUAUCCUAAGAACUUGAUCUGAUUCAUUUUCCCCAAUAUGGUUUUGGGAGAGGACCUUGGAUACUUUUUGCUGAAACAAAAAACCUCAAGAUUCACCAUCCACAGGUUCCCAUCAAAUGCUCUCCAGUGUAAAUGGAUGUUUAGCGGUCAAAUACUUGCAUUGUGUUUUUAAAUAGAAAACUCCUGUAGAAAAAAAAUGCAUUUAACACAACCCAGCUAUGAAUUUCUGGAAUGUUACAAGAACUAACAUUUUUCUUUGUUUUUAAAUAGAAUGAUAGAAUUGCCAGUCUCAAAACCUUGGCUUUAAUUAAUGUAUUAAUCUGUCAAUGGAAAUGAACAUCAACCCUUAGAAAAAUGCUACAUAUACAAUUUUUAUAUUUUUUUUUGUAAACAUGGACAUUCUUCUUAUACAUUUAUUUCCCUUAGUUUGAUCAUGUUAAAGUAAAUGAGUCAAUGCCAUUACAAUAAUACAUCCAAUCCAUUCAGAGAAAGGAUGAGAUUAAAAUCCUUGAAAAGAAAUUAUAUCAAGUGCUCAAACCUUCCUCCUUUGUUGUUGUGGAAAACCAUUAUUUGUUCUGUUGGUCAUGGGUACAGCCCAGGUGAAACAGUAUUCACAAUCAGCCUGAAUUUGGGAGCAGGUUCUGGUUCAGGGUACUAAGACUGGACUAUCUUAUUGCUUUAGGCCUUAAAUUGUCUUCAAUAUGGAAUUUAUUUUCUGUUUUUACUAUUUUUCCCUGUGGUUUUAAAAAACCCUCCUUUUCUACCUUCUGCAGCUCCUAUGCAGUUCCUUCAGAAUGCAGUUUACCUGCUCUAGACUAGAUAUGCUCAGCUCACUGUUAUGUCUGUUGUGUGGCUUUUUUUAAAACAUUCUCAAAGUUAGAACUACUUAUUUCUUGGGUCCAAACACUGUGAAAUGGACAGUGUUGCUGAUUUUCUAAUUGUGGCCAUUGUAUGUACAUUCAUAGACAGAUAUGAGGCAAUCUAAAGGCUUACAUCAAAUGAAGAUGUCAGUAUUUGUGGCUGAGGAAGGAGCAUGUGAAAAUUCAUUGGGUGUAUGUAACAUACUGAGUCUCAAACAGCUCUUCAUGUAUCAGACUUCAUGUGAAUGUAGGGGAUUCCAGUUCCAGCUAAAUAAAUUUUUUAAAAGUGUGUUGUAUUGAGUGUCUGACCAUUCAGAACCCUUUUUGAAUGGAAUAUAAACUACCAGCUUACAUACCUCCAAAGAUGAAACUUCACCCCAUAAUAUUGUAGUGGGAAAUUGGAGAUAAUGGAAAGAAAAAGUGCUUUACUGGCUGUAGGCCUCUGUUUAAAUAUAUGGGCAAAACAUGUAUGUGCACUGAAUAAAACACUCCCAAGUUAGUCAGAGAAAAUAAACUGAGCUUUUGCUGCCUGCAAGAUAUGACUGUCGUGCACAAAUUUGUAAUCAUAAAUGUAAUACGGAAUGUCUUGACUUAGUGCAUAGUUUCUUUUCAAACUAAGCUUUAAAAUAUACUUAUGGACCAUUUUGCUUUUAGAAACCAAAUUGCUUGUACCUUAUAAUUUUUUUCUAAUUCCCUGAUCUUUCCACAGUCCUGCUGCUGUUGCAUUGGAAGCUACAACGCUUGCAGGCAGUGCUUGCUUAAUUAGCUCAUUUUAGUUGUUCAGGCAGUGGAUGAAAAUAUUGUUCAUAGCUGCCUCUCAUCCAUUUUUCUGUACUUGCAGUGGGCGUUUAACACCUUGAACCUGUACUAAUUUUAAUGGACUUGAGUUAAUAUUGUCUUUUGAACAAGCUGUUUUAUUCCUUUAUUUCUCUGUGGAACAUGUAUUCCCUUCUCCGAGAUAUCUGCAUAGAUGAACUUCUUUUCAGAUAAGGUCAGGAGGCAAUGCUUAAUUUAAAGUUAAAGGUGUAAUGCAUUUGAUACUUGCAGGGUUUCUCUGGAAUGCUCUACUGUUUGCAUGUUUUGGCUUUUUUAUGUCAGCAAAAUUUGCAAAGGCACUACAGGAACUUUUGUUUUUACAGUUUUUGGCUUGAAAUGUACUACUUCAAAAAUCUUACUCCCAGUGUAUCUUUGUGAACCCAUAUUACAGAAUAUUCUACACCAAGAUACUGUCACAUGUGCUCUCUUGAAGUAAAGCCAGAGUUUCACGUAUUAUGAAGUUAAUUGUGUUGGGUUUCCAAGUAACUGAGGUGCUGUGACUUGAAGGGUGGUGAUUUUCUUUUGUUUCAAGUUUGAAGAGAAUAUAUUUGGAUAUAUGAAUUUUUUUGUGCUGACAGAGUUGUUGAAUUGGUAGCAGGAAAGAAAUACCGUAUGUUAAGAUCUUAAAGAAAAUGUACUCUUUCACAGAAUAGAAUUUCAAGGUGAAUAGGAUUUUAAACUAUUUUUUGUUCAGAAAAUAAAAUCCAUUCUAGCAGUUUGAAAUCCAUUGGUGUUAGUGUGUUGGAUAAAAGUAGAUACUUUUUCAACAAGAUGGAUAAGUGGUCUUUCUGAGGAUAACACUGCAAAGUUGCACACGUUUAAAAUACUGAUGUAAAAUGCGCUGAGUUUCAUAUAUGGAUGUUACAGAUGACAGAGGAAUCUCAUACAAUCAACCACGAGUGAGGAAAAAGUACCCUGAAUCUUGAAAGGUAGCUCCACAUAAAUCGUGGCAGUAAAUAUGGUGCUUUUUCUUGGCACCUUUCUGCCUUCUCUUCAACUAUAGUCUUCUAAUGCCAGUAUUGCCUCCAUACAAGUUUCAGAUGCAACCCCCUCCCUCAAGUGUUGGAAAAAAGACUGUGAUUUUCUCAUAAGUCCUGACUGUUAUAAAAUUGAUAAACCUGAAGAUGCAGUAUGCAUAUAAAUAUAUUGGUUAAGUUAUGAACAAAUGUAAGCAUACUCUGAUUAAUAAAGAAAACAUAAAUCACUA